AGCUGCAGCUCACUUUCAGGUUUCAACCUCUCAAAUUUGACUCUCAUCAGGAACAUCCAUGCUGGGACGGAGGUUGGCCGCUUCGCUGCAUCAGGCAAAUCGUAGAGGCCCGGCACCGAGGCCCGAUUCUCUACGUUCAAUACACCAAUAUGCGCAUCGUACCGUGCUCGUGCGGUCCUUCAUGCCGGCCUGUUCGCCCUUUGUACGGCAUAACAGUACAAAGCCAGCAGUUGCGCCGGAUGCGCACACAAUACUGCCUAAUGGGCCCGACGCAACGACACCGCUAGCCAAUAUUCCUGAAGACUUGCUUGCACAGCCGCCGCCAUUUACUACUGAAGCUGCUCAGCAAGCGCUUCACUCGAUUGGCACAUUACAAGAGCUGGGCUUGGCCAAGUGGUACACAGCACCGGGCAUCUUGCAGCAGUUGCUAGAGUUUGUGCAUGUUAGCACAGGAUUUGCAUGGGUUGCGAGUAUUGCUGCAGCAACCUUGAUGAUUCGCAUCAGCUUGUUUCCGCUUCUCUUGCGGUCUAUUCGCAAUACAUCCAAGCUUGCACUCAUCAAUCCUCAAGUCAAGGAAGAGAUGGCCAAAUUGACAAAAGCCACCAAAGAAGGCGACAAGAUGGAGGCUGCACGCGCUCAAAUGACUGUACAAAACUUGUUCAAAGAGCACGGCGUCAACCCAUUGAUGGCCAUCAUUCCUGUUUUUGUACAGAUGCCCGUCUUUAUUUUCUUUUACAUGGCACUCAACAAGAUGGUUGCCUUACCUGUGCCCGGUAUGGAGGUUGGCGGUCUCUUUUGGUUCCAGGAUUUGACGGCCGCCGAUCCGACACACAUUCUGCCUGUUGCAACGGCCGCAUUGACGCUCAUCAAUUUCGAGAUUGGUGCUGAAGUUGGUUCGUCGCAAGGCACACAGAUGAAUCCGAUUAUCAAGACCUUAUUCCGUGGUAUGAUGAUGCUUAUGCCGCUCUUCACAUGGAAUUUUCCCGCUGCCAUCUUUGGUUACUGGUUUACCAACUCGGUCUUUUCUCUUUGCCAAGGAUUUGCCUUUAGGAAUGAGGGCAUUCGAAGCAAGCUCAAUCUUCCUCCACUUCCUGCAAAAGUCCUCAAGACUGAUGUUGCAUCGGCUCCAUCGACCCCUGCAGCGCCCGGUAUCGCGGGUGCAGCAAAACGGCUUGAGGGUGGAUUCUGGAAGAACUUCAAUGAAACUGUACAAGGCGUCAAGGAUCUGAAAAUGAGCAUCAACGACAAAGCAGAAGCUGCUGCACAAAAAGCACGCGAUCAGGAAGCAGCAAAACCAAAACAACCAACAAAGUUUGAGGAUAUGGAUGAUACCUUGCAGAAGCGCAAGAUUCGCCAACAGGAGCGGAUCGUACAGACGCGUCGUCGGCGUGGCAAAUUUUGAUCCAUGAUCAACAUCGUCAUCUUCGUA